AUGGCCCCUACAAUUUUGUUCGUGCCGGGGUUUUGGGAAGGACCAACCGUGUUCGACGAAGUCAUUUCACAGCUUCAAUCCACCAAUCUCAAGACUCAGGUAGUCGCUCUGCCCAGCACUGGUACCAUUUCGCCAGGUAACCCAGAUAUGAACGAUGACAUUGCUGCAGUACGCACUGUUGUCCAGAAAUUGGUUGAUGCUGGAGAAGAUGUCUUGAUGGUUCUUCAUUCGGGCGGUGGCUUCAUAGGAUCGAGUGCCAUAGAAGGGUUAACAGCUAAAGCACGCAUGGAUAAAGGAUUGAAGGGUGGUGUGACAAAAUUGGUCCUUUUGACAGCAGCAAUCUUCCCAGAAGGCUUCACUCAUGGCCCCUUGCCAUUUCAAAUCACGGAGGGCGGAGCUAUGUAUUGUGCCAACCCUGAGAAGAUUCUUUUUAAUGACCUGGAUGAAAAAGAUGCUGAGAAGUGGGAGAAAGCCUUGAAGUCGCAACCUGCGUCCGGCUGGAAUGGAACCAUUACAUAUACUGGCUGGAAAGAUGUGCCAAGCGUCUAUCUUGUAUGCGAGAAUGAUCAAUGUAUCCCACAGUCGUUGCAAGAACAACUUGCAGGAGCGGCGGAAAGCAAGAUUGAAAAGUGCUCUGCUGGACAUAUGGUUAUGUUGAGUAUGCCAGGAAAGGUGGCUCAAGUUAUCGAAAGUGCUGCUGCUUAA